AUGCCUCAUGUGGUCUUAGAGCGUAUUCGAAAUGCGCCCUUCACUAGGUUGGAUGCCGGGAAAGAGCGAGCUCAUGCGGAGCCAAUCACGCGGCUUGAUGCACGGGCAGCAUACAUGAUUGAAGGACUGGAGCUCGCGGCCAAUGUCAUUUUUGUUGCCGGAAGUGCUUGCUUUUGGCCAGCCUUUGCUCACGACAUGGAUGUGUUUCUACUUGGGUGUGAGCUUUUCAUCCUUGGGAGCUUUGUCUACUGCUGCAUCACAGUGUACACGUUGUGUGAAGCAGUGCACUACCAUGACAACAUUCUGAACUUCGAAUCCAUUGAGCACGUCCUGUACUUGCUCGGCUCCUUGCUCUAUCUCGUGGGAACAGUGAUGUAUUGGCCGCCUGAGAUUGACCGAUACCAGCUCACUUGGCUGGCAAAGCACUUGUCUUUGGGCGUUUACUUCAACCUUUUCAGCACUCAAUUUGAAGGCACCAUUCUUUUCAUGGUCGGCUCGGCCUUUUUUGCCUUUGCUUCCUUUGUGAAUGGCCUCAACCAGCGGAGCUUCGACACCUUCACCAACCAACUUCUCACCGCAGUGACGUCGCUGUAUCUAGGUGGCGCGCUGUUCUUCGUCAUGGGCUCCGUGGCCUUUUUGCCCGACUUGGGCUGCAACGGGAACAUGGUUCGCAUCGGUGCGACCCUGUACAUCUCUGGCAGUGUGCUUCUGGGUGUGGGAUCCAUCAUCAGCAUCUACCGAACGAGCUACGUCCUGUCAAACCCUGAGAACCAAGUCUUGAAGACCAGCUCGUCCUCGGCUUCUACACCUAUUGCGGAAGAAAAGAUGCCACAAAGUCAGGCAUAG